UUGCUUACUUCAGCAGAUUGGGAAGGGGAAGUGAAGUGAAUGUGGCAUUCAUUCCAUUGCUUGUGGGUGAGUGGGAGAGGAUAUGAAACAUAAUGAGCCCCCCAAACUUCCUUCAUCAAUUAACAAGAGAUCAUCUUCUUCAAGGUUUGGCUUAGAAGCCACCAGUUGCCUGUUACAAAUAUUAUGUGUGGGAUAAUCUACUCAUAGAUUCCAACUGAAUGAAAGUCAGCAAGCCGGUUUUCCAAGUCCGCUUACAUAAUUGCAACAGGCUUCCCAUUUUAAGAAUUUCAAGGAUCUGCCGCUUCGUCUUCCAAAGACUCUCUUACUUGUAACCAAGACUUCAAAGGAACUCACGAGGAUGGAGGAUGAAGACGGAUAUAUGAGUAUAGACCCAAAAGUAAGGAACUUCUGUGCAACAACACCUUCUACUGGAGGCAAAGGCUGUUCCUCCAAUCUUCUCUGGUGGAAAAUUGGUCUUGGCAUCUCAGUGGCAGGAAAUGUUGCUAUGAUCUUGGUUUUUAUCCUUCUCAAUAUCCCAGCUUUGCAGGAUUAUUCUUAUGGAAAUCAUGCUACUUCUUACACCAAGCUUCCUCACAACCAGAUCCGGAGUUGCGUACAAAACUGCAUCCCUUGCAGAUCUGCUAAGGACAGCAUAAUAGCAAACCUGACUCUGGAUCCCAGCACAAAUUUCCCCCAGCUCUACAUAUCUGAAGACAAAAAAAGUGUGAAAUGGAAAGGAAUGAAGCAAAGUGUUGCUCCUGGUCCUCAGAGAUACGACCUCAUGGCCAGUGUAUUAACCCAGGAGGGCUUUAACUCAGGGAAGAUUUGCUGGGAAGUUGAGAUUGUGCAAGCAGGGGAAUGGUGGGGGGUGGGAGUGGUUAGGGAGUCAGCAAACAGAAAUGAUAAAAUUUUCUUUGAUCCUAGAGGAGGGUAUUGGGCAGUACAACUUUGGUAUGGGAAGUACGAAGCAAUCACGCACCCAAGGACGAAUUUGACUCUAUGUCAUCCACCAAAGAGGAUCAGAGUUUCUCUGGACUAUUCAAUAGGACAGGUAGCAUUUUUUGAUGGGGAUACACAUGCUGAAAUCUUCACUUUCCCGAAAGAAAAAUUCUCUGGAGAAAAGAUUUUUCCUUGGUUCUUGAUCCAUGGGUGGAAUGGGGAGCUCAUGAUCCAUCCAUGAAAAUAAACAUAUAUGCCACCAUUUAAGGGUCUUCUUGCAUAAUGACAGUGUGAGCCACAGACUUAUUUCCCAUGUGGACUGGUGCCUUCAAUCCCAGAGGAAUCCAUGGUGGGUUUUAAUCUGAAAUUCAGAGGUUAUCCAAGAUGUUGAAUAUCAUCUCCUGUCUCAGUAGAUUCAUACUCAGAUAUCUCAUUAAUGGUUUAGAGCAGUGGUUCUCAGCCUGGGGUCCCCAGAUGUUUUUGGUCUACAACUUCCAGAAAUCCCAACCAGUUUACCAGCUGUUGGGAUUUCUGGGAUUUGAAGGUCUAAAGAACUGGGGAUCCACAGGUUGAGAACCACUGGUUUAGAGGAAAAGGCUGAUGGCAUUCUGUACCUCAAUACAAUAGGAACCACAAACAAUUUGUGUCCUUUCAUAAUGCAUAGGUUUCUUAAGGUCCUUGUGUUAUCUUUGUUGCUCUGUACAAGUUUUUUGCUUUUU